AUGACUUAUAAAAAAUUGCAUAUAUUUUGGAUUACGGCAAGUUUGUUAAUUGUUAAAAAUGAUGCCCUCAAAGAAAACUGUAAUAAACAAGAGGAUCUUCUUCAACGAUGUUCGAUGGCGUUGCCCGUUUUGAGUUCGCCGGAAAUAUCAUUCGCAUUAACUCGGGAAGAGUUGGACAAAAGUUGCAUAGAACUUCGCGCAGGUAUUAAAUGCAUAGAUAACUACACAGAAGUGUGUAUGGAGAAGAACCAACAAGUGAUGUUCAGACGUAUCUAUGCUGGAAUCACUGACGUUGUCCAAGAGCUAUGCACCCGGGGCAGUUACCAAGAUGAAUACCUGAGACAUGCUGAUUGUGUGAAGAAAGUUCGUCCAGAGUACGAAACAUGCAGUAAGAACUACGAAGUCACGCUGACGACACUUAGUAACCACCCAGAAAGAGAUCAAUACGAAACGGAUGGAGUUAACCACGAAGACCUACGAACAGUUUGUUGUUCAUUCCAAGAAUACCUUCUGUGCUCCGAGAGGACGGUUCAGAGGUCAUGCGGCGAUGAUGCUGCCUUAUUCACAAGUGCAUUCCUAAAGCGAAUGGCUUCUAAUAUCAUUAAGAAUUUCUGUCUGGAGUACCGCGGACAAGAAUGCAAUUUGGGUAACAAUGGUACAUCGAAACAUGUUAAUGCAAUUUUGAUUAGUCUAAGUAUUCUAUCAGUAUUUUCUUAUAUAUCCGCACUGGUUCCCGCGUAA